AUGCCACCACGCUCAACAGCACAGAAACGUUUACUAAAAGAGUACCAACUUCUCACGCGAGAUCCACCACCAGGAAUCAUAGCCGGACCAGUACUGGAAGACAAUUUAUUCAAAUGGGAAUGUUUUCUUGAAGGACCGGUCGACACGCCUUAUGAAAACGGAGUUUUUCCAGCAAUACUAACGUUUCCCAAGGACUAUCCUUUGGGACCACCCACAUUGAAAUUUGAUCCGCCUUUACUUCACCCAAAUAUCUACGCUGACGGUACUGUUUGCAUAUCGAUCUUGCACCCACCAGGUGAAGAUCCUAAUCAAUAUGAGAGACCAGAAGAGCGUUGGUCGCCAGUACAGAGUAUAGAAAAGAUUUUGCUUAGUGUUAUUUCCAUGUUGGCAGAGCCAAACCCAGAAAGUGGUGCCAAUAUCGAUGCAUGCAAAUUGUGGAGAGAUAAUCGCGAGCUGUUUGAUGAGCAAGUAGGAAGUCAUGUGAGGAAAUCAUUAGGACUAUGA